AUGUCUCUUUCCUUGGAAUUAGCAGAAAAAAUGUUAGUCUGUUUCGAUGGUACAAAAUCUAAACUUUAUGAUUUUAUUGAUAAUGCCGAAAGUGCAAUUAAGCUUGUUAAACCUGAUUGUAAAAAUAUUUUAUUCGCAAUAAUACUAUCAAAAAUUACUGACAAUGCUAAGGUUUUAAUCCGAAAUCGCGAUUUUGAAAAUUGGAAUGAAUUAAAAACCUAUUUAAUAGAAAUCUAUUCUGAAAAAAGAUCUUUAAGUCAAAGACAAUUGGAAUUAACGUCAUGUAAACAAAAUAUUGGCGAAAGUGUUAUUUCAUAUUCUAAUAAAGUAGAAAAUUGCUAUAUUCAAUUAAUCAAUUCUUUAGAUAUGGAUCUUGCAAAAGAAGCACGUGAAGCUUGUGUAAAUUUACUAAAAAAUCAAACUCUUAAUGUCUUUAUAACUGGCCUAAAUCGAGAAUUAGGUAUUUUAGUCAAAUCUCAAAAUCCAGAUUCACUAGAGAAAGCUAUAUCAAUUGCAUUAAACGAAGAACAAGAGCAAAAGUCUAAAACUGAAAUAUCUAAAUAUCAAUCUGUUAAUAACUCUACUACCCGCCAUUGCUUUAAUUGUAACAAACCUGGACAUACAACCAUAAACUGUCGCUUUAAUCGAAAUCAAAGGCAAAAUUCAUUUUCUCAUCAAAACUCUUUUAACAGGAAUCCUUUUUCAAAUAGUCAAAUUCGACAUUUAUCACAUAAUCAAAAAUUUUGUAGAUAUUGCAAAAAGUCUGGUCACUUAAUUAAAGAAUGUCGUAAGCGCGAAUAC